AAUACAAACACAGCUUGACAUUCACACUUAUACUUAUGGGGGAAAGCUCGGGUACAUCGCUAGAGAUCACAGUAAUAUCUUGCGAAAACCUUCGAGUGACGGAGGACCCCUACGUCGUCGUUCGUGCCGAGUCCUUAAACUGCUUCACCACCAAGAUGGCGAAAGAUAGUGGGAGCAACAACUCCAGUUUGUUCUCGUGGAAUGAGAAGGCAAUGCUGAAGCUGCCGGUGCAUGCAAGGUCCAUCACCUUCGAGGUUCAAUGCAACAGGUUCAAGGCUGUGAGACCCGUUGGGGUCGCCAGAGUUGCAGUUUCCGAUUUCCUCGCCGGUGGCCCGCCGGGAAAUUCCGUGCACGUGUCCAGUUGCCGGUUGAGGGACUGGGAAGGGAAAGACAAUGGGGUCAUUCGUUUCGCGGUGAGGGUAGUCCCGCCGUAGGUUAAGGGAACAGCAUAAAGUUUAUGGAAUUCUCGUCUUCUUAGUCAAAUACCAUCACCAUACAAGUUUAAAAUAUUAAUUUCUAAAAGUUUUUCUUUAUUUAAAAAUAAAAAAAAUACUUUACAAUAAAAACAACUCUAAAAUCGAUUGUAAACUUGUAUUGAAGUAAGUUCUAUAUUUGUAAACAUGAGUGAAGUUUUUUAUAAAGUGGAUUGUGAAGUUCUUGAGUGAAGUUUUUUAUAAAGUGGAUUGUGUGCUUGGGAUAA